AUGGCACGGUGCUCGCGCGCUUGGCUCACGCUGCUUCUUGUCGCAUGCUGUGCCCUUGUGCAGAGCUCAUACGGCUCGAGGCCACCUCCCCGCGAGCCGCAGAUGGCCGGGGUCCUGUCUCCGACGAUGGUUCACAGCGCCGCCGAACCGCUCCACGACGACGGGACGACCGAAGUCCGGCUCUCGAUGGAGGAGGGUCCGACUGGUCAUCCUGGAGCAAACACUGUUGAUGAUGACGGUGGUACCUUUGCAACUUUGGCGAUGGGUGGCGGUGGCGUUGUGUCGUCGGAGCAGAGGAAGGGUUCAGGGGCACCGGUACUGCAGCAGGCGCUGGGAAGGACGCUCGGCUCGAAGCUGGCGCGCCGGGUCCUGGGAGGGGAGGCGGAGGACUCGGCGGCCGGGCCGUCGUGCCACUCCAACAACGCGCACAUCACCUGUGCCCCGCCGGCGCAGCGCUGA